AUGCUAUUGGAGACCUAUUUCUGUGCGUUGGUGGUGGCUCUAUCCAUUCCAAUUUUGAUCAUUCUUAUACGUGUUCUACUCGUUUCACCAUUUACUCGGUUACCCAAACACAUUAUCAAAAGGAGUUCCAUUAAACACCUCACAGGCAAACAUGUGUCGAUAUUUUUAGGCUCAGGUGGCCACACAGGGGAAAUGCUUAAACUCACAUCAAAAUUAAACUUUAGCAACUUUGAGAGGACUUGGAUUUAUUCAUCAGAAGAUACUGCAUCGCAACAUCGGGCCCGUCAUGAGGAGAGACAACGUUACAAGAACGAGAAUGGUCGAUAUAUACAAAUCCCUAGAGCGAGAACUGUUGGCCAGUCUUAUGUUUCAUCCAUCCCAACGACUUUGUUCUCAAUCGUCAUCUCUGCCAUUAAACUUGCACGACACAAUCCAGACGUAAUACUAUUGAACGGACCUGGGACAUGCAUUCCAAUAGCCUACAUGCUAUUCUUGUUCAAAUUGUUGGGACUCAACUACACAAAAAUCAUUUAUGUGGAGAGUCUAGCCAGAGUCAAAAAAUUGAGCCUCAGCGGAAGAUUGAUAAUGCCUAUAACAGACCGGUUUAUUGUGCAGUGGGAUACAUUAUACAAUCAGUAUAGUCGUGCUGAAUUCUAUGGCAUGUUAAUGUAA